AUGGCUAAGGUCGAAGUACAAAUCCGCAGCUGCUUCUGUUGUGGAUUAUCCCUGGCUACUGUAUUUGUCGCUUUGUAUACUUUGAUUCUUUACUCACUGCUUACUGGUUUGGCCGGGUGGGGAUUAUCGGAUACGGCAAAUCAUGGUGAUGCAUCUCAUUAUCGCAGCUGUGAACUGGAAGCUCAGGGAAAGUUGGCUGCAGAGAACCGCAAACUAACAUUCCAUGGAGGGCACACGACGGUCGUUGUGGAAGACUCGACCACAUACCACUGUUCUUUCGGGCUUUACACAGAAGAACUGAAAUACGAAGCCGGAUUGCGUUACACAACUCUUCUUGUGGAUAUCUUCAUUUACGUUGGUGUCGUUCUUGCUUCGAUUCUGUUGCUGAUCGGACUAGCGAUUUACAAUCAAUGGUUAUUGGUCCCGUGGAUCAUCAUUAUGGGCAUCGACAUCAUCCGUGGACUCAUCUCCGUGCUGUUCAUCUUCAUUUAUAGCUAUGGAAACUUGGCUCGAAUUGCAACCGGCAUCUUUUUCCUUGGUCUGCAGUUCUUCCAUAUCUCUCUCCUGAUGAUCAUAAUCGCUAAAUUCCAACGAAUAUACAAUCGUCGAAAUGGAAUCGUUAUGGAUCCUCAGUACGAUUCUCGUGGAUAUCCGGGCGGUUCCUCGUCAACGUACGCCUACUCUCCAGAUAAUCGCAGAGAGCAUUACUACCCGGACCAGAGGGAUCCAAGAGAUUACAGAGACCAAGGACCACAUGAUAAUCAUGCUUAUCGCUACUGA